AGGAGGACUAUCUCAGACCCUCAGCUGUUCUGUGGACUGUCUCUCGAUCAUCAUGCGUGAAAUUGUACAUCUGCAAAUUGGACAAUGUGGCAACCAGAUUGGCUCAAAGUUCUGGGAAGUAAUCAGUGGUGAACAUGGGAUUGACGAUACAGGAAUCUAUGAGGGAGACAGCAACCUUCAACUGGAGAGGAUCAACGUCUACUUUAAUGAGGCGCAUGGUGGUAAAUUUGUCCCCAGAGCACUGCUUGUGGACUUGGAGCCUGGCACUAUGGACAGUGUCAGAGGAAGUCGAAUCGGUGCUCUUUUUAGACCAGACAACUUCAUCCAUGGGAACUCCGGAGCUGGAAACAACUGGGCGAAGGGCCACUACACAGAGGGAGCGGAGCUAGUGGAGCAGGUUAUGGACCGGGUGAGGAACGAGAGCGAAAGCUGUGAUUGCCUCCAAGGCUUUCAGCUGGUCCAUUCGCUGGGGGGCGGCACAGGCUCCGGCAUGGGUACCCUCCUCAUAAACAAGAUCAAAGAGGAAUACCCAGAUCGCAUCAUGAAUAGCUUUAGCAUCAUGCCGUCUCCCAAAGUCUCUGACACAGUGGUGGAGCCUUAUAACGCCACGCUCUCCGUGCAUCAGCUCCUGGAGAACACAGACGAGACUUUCUGCAUUGACAACGAGGCCCUCUACGACAUCUGCUUCCGUACCCUAAAGCUGACCACGCCCACUUACGGGGACCUCAACCACUUGGUCUCCAUGACGAUGAGCGGCGUCACGACCUCUCUGAGAUUUCCAGGACAGCUCAAUGCUGACCUCAGGAAGCUGGCUGUCAACAUGGUGCCCUUCCCCCGUCUCCACUUCUUCAUGCCAGGCUUCGCCCCUCUGACACCACGGGGCAGCCAGCAGUACAGAGCUCUCACCGUGCCUGAACUUACCCAGCAGAUGUUCGACGCCCGCAACAUGAUGACGGCAUGUGACCCACGGCGGGGGCGCUACCUCACAGUAGCCGGUAUCUUUCGAGGUAGGAUGUCCACCAAAGAGGUGGACGAGCAGAUGCUCGCAAUACAGCAGAAAAACAGUCAAUACUUUGUCGACUGGAUCCCCCAUAAUGUGAAGGUGGCCGUGUGUGACAUCCCUCCCAAAGGUCUGAAAAUGUCUUCCACGUUCAUCGGCAACAACACGGCCAUCCAGGAGAUAUUCCGCCGGGUGGGCGAGCAGUUCUCGCUGAUGUUUAGACGGAAGGCGUUCCUCCACUGGUACACGGGAGAGGGCAUGGAUGAGAUGGAGUUCACGGAGGCAGAGAGCAACCUCAACGACCUGGUGUCCGAGUACCAGCAAUACCAAGACGCAACCGCUGAUCUAGACUGGGAAGUAGAGGAUGAGGAAGAGGGAGGACCCUCAUCUGCACAGAGCACAAAAGUUCAGUCUCGGACGGAAACCAAAUUGGACUCAGUGAUAGAAACCAUUAAUGAAACUGUAGAUGAGUAGUGAGGAUGAAGUCUACAGCUUCACACUGAAGGACUCUUUGGGGCAAGAAGUGAGAUGAUAUACAUGUAAUUCAUUUCUUUGGAAACAACCUUUUUGUUUUGCAGGUUAACCUAUUUUACUUUGUGUUUUUUUGGUAUCUUUAAUUAAAUUCAAGCAGAGCUGCAUAGACCACUAGUUUUUGGAGCUUUUCAAGUUUUGCUAAAUCUUUGAGUGAUUUCAAAUAAAAAUGUAAUAUAAUAUAUUAGACAAGUCAUGGCAAGAGGAUGCCACAGGGUAGACCCAGGACUCCUGACAGGUGAGACGGUCUCAGAUGUUUGUAGAAGGUGAUUUGAAGGAGGGAGGAAGGUCAGGGGAUCUCUGCUCAGCCUUCUCCAGAUGGACAGCAUUGGACAAUGGAAUCGAGAGGUUGACUAAUAGAGGUGAUUAACAUACAUUUUACAAAGAAGACCAUUAGCCACGGUUUUUAUACUUAGUAAGCAUACAAUCUGAAUUUAUGUUGACCCUACUUUUGCUUUUGUUUUUUUGCCAACCUGCAAUUAGCACAUACUUUAUUCGUAAGGCUGAUUAACGCUGGGAUUUUACUUUACACCACCAAAUUAAUUAAUUUACACCCAUUCAGUCUGAUUUCCCUGUGCACAUGUGUAUUUUGCCUCUCUUGUAAAAGCUUUUUUAACCAUACACAAAUUAUAUUUGUAACAUAAACACUUCCUUGGAAGCUAAAAGUUGCCACACCCACAAACGAGCCUUGCAUAACUGACCCUUGGAAGAUUUAAUAUGCAGCCGUUGUUCUGUAUGUAUGUGCAUAGCUAAUGCUAAAGCUAAAUAAUGCUGCUUAGUUACAAUUCUGAUAGCUAAAGCUGAGAAAUAAUUACGACGUUGGAGGUAUUGUGUAAACUGUUGGGAACUUUGAGCUGGGACAUUGGCAGAGCAAUGAAAAUAUCAGUGAUCUUGUCGGCUCAAUGAAAGAGCUGUAACUCAGCAUGUUACAGUUUAGAUUUCUGUUUCUCACAGAUAAAUCCGCCAGGCAAAGCAAUAAGCCAUGUGAGAUAUGACAUAACAAGUGGACCCAUUCACCCUUUUGUAGUUUGAGUUGUCAUGAUGUCUUUGUUAAUGUCAGCGCACAUCACGUUACAGUUUAUAGUAAACAGCUACUCCGUGGGUAGUGUGUAGGGUGGAGCAGAAAACCUAAAAGGAUUUCAUACUGGCAUUUGGUCCUGUACGACCGUCCUUAUGUUCGUUCAAAAGUUGUAAGAUGUAACCUGUGGAUCACAAAUUAAAAGCCAUGGACCUGGUGUUUGAUAAUUUAUGCAGAAAUAAUUAUGUAGCAUUUCUUUUUUUUAACCAUUCCAUGGGUUGUAUCAUAUUUGAAAACAUUAAAUUCAAAGAGGAAAAAAAUUGUUUUCAUCAUGAUUAUGAAAAAAAAAGCUGUUUAUAUUUUGAAGUAUUUAUGUCAGCCCUGAAUGUAAAAGAUGAGAUAUUUUUGCAAUAAUGCUGUUAAUGCUUUUUUUUAUUAUAGCUGUAUUGUUAUGUUGAGUUAUUUCUCUUUGAAAUAUUUGAUGAAUUUAUUUGUAAGUCUUUAAUAAAAAUAUAUAUUUUCUUGCAUUUCUAUGUAAUCCACAGCUUUAAAAA